AUGCAUCUAAAAUUGGUAUUGGUGCUACUUCAAUCCGAUGACGAUGGACUUGAACACCCGAUCGCUUACUAUUCAAAAGCACUCAAUGUACACCAAGGAAACUACACAGCCUUUGAGCUUGAAUGCCUUGCCAUCGUUGAAGCAAUUGACCAUUUUGAAGCCUAUUUUGGUCUUCCUUUUAAGGUGAUUACUGAUCACAGCGCACUUAAAUGGUUACUUACGCUCAAGAAACCUAAAGGUCGACUCUACCGUUGGAGUAUCAAGCUCUCAACUGUCUCUUACGAGCUUUUUCACCGAGCUGGUCGUUCUCAACAGCAUGUAGAUGUACUUUCACGAGCUCCAAUUACCCUUCUAAUUGAUGCAAAUGAAAUAAAACAACAUCAAUCCACUGCUGAUUUCACAGAAAUCAAACAACCUUUCAACAUCAAUGGUAUCAUCACAGUAAAAACUAAUGGUAGUACUCGAGCUAUCAUCCCACCGACACUUCAAGAUAAGGUGAUGCAUCAUUUUCACGAUGAUCACAGUCACCCUGGUAAAAUCAAAACCGUCAAACUCAUCACCUGUUUCUACUGGUGGCCGGGCAUGAUUCCUCAAAUAAAAUCUUAUGUUGCUUCAUAUAAAACCUGUCAACUAAAACAACCGCAUCGACCUUCUAUUGGAAGAAUGAUACUGCCAAGUACCAACCACGAAACAGGCGAACUCGUUGGUUUAGACACCAUUGUGAUGGGACCUGCUGCUGGUAGCACUCAUCACAAAUACAUUCAAGUCUUCAUUGAUCAUUUCUCUCGUGAUGUUUGGGCUUUUCCAACAGCGACUAACACUUCUGCCUCUAUUGUUACCCUUGUUGAUAAAUUAGUACAAUCAGGUGUCAAAAUAAAAACAAUACUAACUGAUUGCCAUAAGAACUUUCAAAGUAAUGUUCUUAAACAAUGCCUUAAACGCAAUCAGAUAAAGCAUAUCUAUUCAACACCUUAUCAUCCUCGAAGAAAUGGUAUUGUUGAACGAAUCAAUGGAACCUUAAUGCUUAAAGUACAAGCUGCUUUACAAGAUCAUCCUCAUUGUAAGUGGACGACUCUCUUGCCAAAAAUCGUUACCGAUUAUAACAAUACUCCACACGAUAUCACUGGCUACGCUCCAUCUUAUCUCUUCUUUGGUAACGACCCUUCACCCACGUACUCAACCGCGACUAACAACAUACAAGAAGCCAGGGAAAAUGCCAGAGAAAGAACCCGAAAAGAACAAGAGCGAAGGAAACAAAGGCAUGAUGAAAAGCAUCCAAUUUGCCAUCGGAGCCAAGGUUCUUAA